AUGACAACUCAGGUAACUCGCAAGAGUAAUAUUGAAAAUUUUGGCGAUGUCUUUAAGAAAGUAGCAGCUAGUAAACCACCUACCUAUGAUGGAAAGGAAGACCCUGCAAGUCUAGAAAACUGGCUUAGAGAAUUUGACAAACUGUUUGAUGCUAUCAAUUGCCCUGAGGAUCUAAAAAUCAAUAAUGGUGUGUACUAUUUAAGGGAAGAAGCUGACCUAUGGUGGUCACAAAGAAAGAAAGACCUAAUGGCCAAACCUGAUUUUGAUUGGAAAACCAUGAAAGAAGCUUUGAGAGUUAAGUUUUACCCUCCCUACCUAAAGAAGCAGAAAUGCCUAGAAUUUACAAACCUUAGAAUGGGAACCAUGACUGUGAAUGAGUAUUACACCAAGUUCAUAGAGCUAAUGAGGUUUGCACCUGAAAUAGUCCCAACUGAAGCCAUAAAAGCUCAAAGGUUUGAGCAAGGGUUAACUUUGACUUUGCAAGGGAAGCUUGGGGGAGUUAACUUUGAAUCCUUAGAUGAUGUUUAUGGUCGUGCAGCUCACCUAUAUGGGAUUAAAGGAAGAGAGCUUGAUGGAAAUUCUGGUGAAAAGAGGAAGGGAAAUGGAAACUUCCAAGGGAAUGAGAAGAAACCUAAGCUGGAUGGGGAUUUUAACCAUGGAAAGAGGGAAGGGAAUUUUAACCAAAAUAGGGAAGAGAAUCUCAAUUUCACCCAAAAAUGA